UUUGGGCUUCCGUAGUCGCCAGGAUCCCAGGAGCUGGGAAUUGACCUUUAGUGUUGCGUUUCUGUGUCUCAGGCGGUGGCCCUGGGCUGUGGGAACAGCGGGACGAUCCGAUUAUCUGUGCUCCGGCUGCAUCAUGGUCCAGCUUAGUGAGUCAUCUCGGCCCCGAGAGAUUACGGGGCAGUCGCUGGGAUUGAGUGGCCGAGUCGAUUUCGUAGGUACCUUCCUGUGUAGGGCUUACCGUGGUGGCCACUUAACCAUCCGGCUUGCCCUGGGUGGCUGCACCAACCGGCCCUUUUAUCGCAUUGUGGCUGCUCACAACAAGUGUCCCAGGGAUGGCCGUUUUGUGGAGCAGGUGGGCUCCUAUGAUCCACUCCCGAACAGCCAUGGAGAAAAACUCGUUGCUCUGAACCUGGAGAGGAUCCGGCAU